GAUGCAUUCAAUAUGCUAGCUCUUAAGAAACGGUUAAUAUUGCUUCCCCGUUAAUUGAAUGCGCAUUUUGUCCAUGUGUUACAGUAAUACGGAUUCGGCGUAAUCGAUAUUGCACGUAGCAUGUAGUACGUAGGUAGUCAAGAGUCAGACUGAUGUUUGACGUGCUUUUUGGUUUUGGUUCCUGUCGUCAAGUCGCUGGUGCUAAACAUCCGCAUUCUGAGAGGUAGAAAUGCUGAAAUAGUUUACUCUUUUUUGCUUUAUUUUACUUCACUGGCCAUUUACAAACUGAUGAACAAGAUUCUUCCGGAUACAAGUUGGAAAUAUCUCUGAAGUUCAUAAUCUCAUAUUUAAGUGACUUUUAAUGCACAUUGGCUUAAAUCUGGAUCCACCCCAUCCCUCCACCUGUGCAACAUAUCCGUCACCUCAGCGCUGAAGUGAACUAUCACAGAAGUGAAUUGUGACCUCAGUUUAAACGGACACAGAUGCCUCGAUGGGGGACUUGUACAAGCAAGAUCUUUCGUUGGUCAAGCCCAGUAGCUCAAGGGCUGAUUUUGUGUGUUUUAACCUUUGGAGUGAUAUUGCCUAUAUGCUGCCAUCAUGUACUCUACUCACAUUAUUUUUUAAAGAAUGUUUACCUUGAUUCACUAAGCGAUGCAUCACUACAAGAAAGCUACAACAGAGGUCAGGAGGCCCUGCAUUUCUGGGAGAAUGCUGCCUCUACGAAAAGCCUGAAGGACCCGUUGGAAACAGAUGCUACGAAGCCAGAUCUCCUGGUCACUAUUGUGACAGCCAGGAGAACAGAGGGAAGGGACUACCACUACCUGUUACAGGUGGUACAACAGCUCAAAUUGCUCCUUAAGGCGUGUGGUGAUAAACCAUGCGCUGAGGUCAUGCUCUGUGAUGUUGAAAGUGGUCCCGCUUUGAAUGAGGAUGCUUUGCUUCUGGAGAAACAGUUUUUGGUUGUUAGACGUUCUCCAGAUGAGAAAUGGCAUAACAAAGACGUAACUAACAUCUUCGAGAAGGAGAAAAGAGAUUACGUCUACUGCCUGCGGAAAGGAUGGGACCUGAUGAGGCCAAAAAACACCGUUGUCCUAGAGGAUGAUGCACUUCCGAUGACCGAUUUCUUUCCGUUGAUUAAAAACUUACUCUCGCGGAGAUUUGCCCGCAACACUUUAUACAUAAAGCUCUACCAUCCGGAACGUCUGCAGGGAUACUGGAACCCGGAGCCGUAUCGCAUUCUAGAAUGGCUGGGUCUCGGCCUGUUUGGGGCUACAAUCCUCCUCCUCUUUUUUUCUCACUGUACACCUCUUUCUUUUACCUUCUCACCUCUUCAUCUUCUCUUUCUAACUCUCUACAUAAUGGCCGUGGCUGAGCUGGCAGGGAGGCACUAUCUGCUGGAGAUCAGACGGCUCUCACCCCAGCUGUAUGCUGUGUCUCCUGCCACUGAAUGCUGCACCCCUGCUAUGCUGUACCCAGGUAAUGCCUCCAUCCGAGUUGCUGAAUACCUGGACCAUGCCGUCUGUGCUCAGGGUAAUGCAAAAGACAUGGUGCUGUACAAGAAAGCCAGGUCGAUGCCAGGUGAGAAGGCACACAGCGUUGAACCCAAUAUCAUCAAGCAUAUCGGAGCUUUCUCCUCCAUCAGGAUGAACCCUGUUCUGCCAAAAUUAAUUUGACAUCAGAAUGUAUCUUUCUUACAGAAGUUGAAUAUAAAACCCAUUUUAGGCACUGUUUUUAAAUAGAAAUUUAAAUGUCAUGGCCGAAAGAUGAAUAUCUUUUAAGGAGUCACAGCUGCACGUUAGUUGAAAACCUUUUUUGAAGUUUUGAAACCAUUUUCUGCUCACUUUGCCUGAUGUAUGGACACCUUGUUUUUUAAAACUGUUUUUAAUCAACAUUUGUCAGUUUACAAUGCAUAAAAAUGGAUUUUAGCAUCAACACUGCAUUUUUAACACUGUAAAAAAUAUUUUCAUGAUUUGUUAUCACAUUUUUUCUUUUGUCAUAUCAACUUAGAUAAUUAAUGUGGUUCAGAAAACAAUAUUUUGAGUUUCUGUUGAUUAAACCAAUCACCUUCAUUGUAUUAACUCAAAUUUUUAAUUUCAAUCAACUCAAAAUUUUGAGGCAACUUACAUUUUUAAGUUAAAGGUGGACUCAGUAGAUAUGGAAAAGUGCUGUUGGACAUUGUUGAUGUUUGAAAUCAUCCCAAAUAAAUUCACCCCUCUCUUCAUUGCUCCGCCUCCAAAACUCACUCUCCAAUCCUAACCACCCUGCUCCGAGUCGGUUUCGAACCCCGGCCUGACAGCUGCUGGCAGGCGAGGCGAGUGCACUGACAAUGACGCUAAACACUGCAUUCUCUAGCGGCCUUCGGUGCGCAGUGGUUUAACCGUACAACUCUCACUAUAUGGCCACUGUUACACACGCAAUGCGAGUGGAUGUCUGUUUAUCACAGCUGACGCGCAACAAAAUGAUUCACGAAAAUAAAGCACAGUUGAUGAAUGGAUGACAAGGAAGCACAAAAAAUUUAUGUACAGUACACAAGAGUAAAUACAAACAAGUGUUCGUUGUUGUCAAACCCAGUGUUACUUACAUGAGAAGGAAUCAAAGCAACCUCCGCGUCUGUUUUCAGGCCUUCCCGCUUCGCUCUGGAAAGCUUUUCUAAUAUAAAUGUGGGUCCUAAAGCACUUGCCCAGUCAUAAACCUUCAAUCCAGUGAUAUUCUUUUGAGCUGUUUUGUAUUGUGUCCCAUCUCUCGUUCUGCCGUUUUUUUCUUCUUCUUAUUUUCAAAUCUCCCUCUUGCUCGUUCUCUUUCCUCAACUGUCAUAAGCCCCCUAAUGCUGAUUGGUUAGACGUUUGUUGUUGCUGUCGGCAGACUAACUUCCAAACAGUGUUUUUGAAAUUCUACUGAGUCCACCUUUAAACCAACAAUUCUUUUUUACAGUGUAGGGUUAUGAAAAUGAUUUUAUAUCUAUAACUAGAGAUUAAAGACAAAUUAAAGCACAUUCAAAACACUUGGAAAUCAAUUUAAAUCAUAUUUAUAUUUUUCUUUACAUUCAAUAUGAGCAUUUAAGGGUUAUCCUCAGAGAUUGAUUUUUUUAAAGGAGAUUGUUUACAUAGAUUUGUAUUGAACUUUCACUCAAUGGCAUUUAUAAAAAUCACUUUUGUUAAAAUAUAAUAAAUAUAUAAAGUUUUA